UAUUUUUUUUGUCGUUUCUGAACGAAUGACCUACUGUUGUGUCCAAGAAGAAUAAGAAGACAAAGAACUACUUAUAAUAAAAUAAAAUCAAUUAAUUGUUAUGUGUUUUGUGUGAAUCAAUCAAACAAUUCAUAGCCCCAUAUAUUAUAAUAAUUUAUAGGUGUAGUAGUGAUAGUAGUAGUAGUAGUCAGUCAUGUGGGCAAUAAUUGACCGACUGUUUGGCAAAAAGCCGUUAAAACCGCGAACCGUUUACAUCAGGAGUUCGGAUAUGCUGUUCAUCGACGGUUCAAAACAGCAAACAUUUCCCGCAAAUAUUGUCCGAAAUACUAAAUACAAUUUACUAACAUUUCUACCAAUCGUUUUGUUCAAUCAGUUCAAGUUUUUCUUGAAUCUAUACUUUCUACUGCAGGCCUGCUCCCAGUUUAUACCAUCACUACAAGUAGGCUAUAUCUAUACCUAUUGGACACCACUGGGCUUUGUACUAACCAUAGCAUUGAUUCGGGAAGCAGUGGACGAUAUUAUGCGCUACCGGCGCGACAACGCUGUCAACAGUCAACCGUAUCAGAAGCUAACUCCUGAGGGUUUGGUUACCGUAAAAAGUUCGCAAAUAAAAGUCGGCGAUCUGAUAGUUGUCACUCGAGAUCAGAGAGUACCGGCAGAUAUGGUUUUCUUGAGGACCAGCGAGAAAAACGGUGCCUGUUUUGUACGAACCGAUCAAUUGGAUGGCGAAACCGAUUGGAAGCUUCGAUUGGCCGUAACGGCCACUCAGGAACUGGAAUCCGAUGACUGUCUGUCCAAUUUGGAUGCCUAUGUCGAUGCCGAAGAACCCAAACGUGAUAUUCAUGGUUUUAUCGGAAAAGUUACUAUAGAUUCGGACAAUAAUAAAGAGAUUUCGUUGAACAUUGAAAACACAUUGUGGGCCAAUACAGUGGUAGCAUCGGGUACUGCAAUCGGUAUUGUUAUAUAUACGGGACCCGAGACCCGAUCAAUGAUGAACAACAAUGAGCCCCGAAGUAAAGUCGGUUUACUAGACAUUGAAGUUAAUUCAUUAACUAAAGUACUGUUUGGAGUACAGGCUGUAAUGGCAUUGGUUAUGAUAGGCCUUAAAGGUUUUCAUGGACCCUGGUAUAGAUAUUGGGUCCGAUUUUUGCUAUUAUUUUCCUAUAUUAUACCUAUGAGUAUGAGAGUUAAUCUGGAAAUUGGACGAGUAGUCUAUUCGUUUAUGAUAUCGAGGGAUAUGGAUAUACCGGGAACAGUAGUACGGAAUACAACUAUGCCCGAAGAUUUAGGUCGAAUAGCCUAUUUGCUAACCGAUAAAACGGGUACAUUGACCCGCAACGAAAUGGUAUUCAAAAUGAUACAUAUGGGCAAAAUAUCGUACGGUACCGAUUAUUUUGACGAAGUGGCCAACCAGUUACGUACCUACUAUACCAUACAACAACCGAUGAUGAUGGCCGCCAGCACAGGUAGCUAUCAGCCAGGUCAUAGACGAGACACUUCGACGGCCAGUGUUAUCAGUUUUCGAUUGGAUCCGCGACAAUACUAUCAGUCACAAUAUAGCCGAAAUGAUUCGUCCGUUGAAGUGGACCGGGACAGUCUUUAUCGGUGUCAUCAGGCAGUACUGGCCAUUGCCCUGUGCCAUAAUGUAACGCCAUCCUACGAAACGGGAUCCAAUCCCUACUCGACAUCCACUUUGGAUAUCAAUGAGAUGUCAGUGAAUAACAAUUCAUUUGUAAUGAAUGAUUGUGUGUCCAUACCGUUGAUGGAAAAGUCGACAAUCACCUACCAGGCCUCCAGUCCCGAUGAGGUAGCACUGGUACAGUGGACGGAAAAGAUGGGUCUGGCACUGGUAUAUCGUGACCUGUCGACUAUGAAACURUUGAAUCCCGUCGGAAAUCUAAUGAAUUACGAUAUAUUGAAAUUAUUUCCGUUCAGUUCGGACACUAAACGAAUGGGAAUUAUUUUGAGAGAUCAGUCCAAUCGGGAGAUAAUGUUUCUACUGAAAGGUGCCGACACUGUUAUGACAACAAUCAUUGUCUAUAGUGAUUGGCUUCAGGAACAGUGCGAUACUAUGGCACGCAAUGGACUCCGGACUUUAGUGGUGGCAAAGAAGAUACUCAGUGAGGAACAGUAUGCAGAGUUUGACAUACGAUAUGAACAGGCAAAGUGUUCAAUGGAAAACCGAAACGAUAAAAUAAUGGCCGCAUUGGCCACUCUGGAGAAAGACAUGGAACUGCUUUGUCUAACCGGAGUUGAGGAUCGUCUACAGGAAGGUGUGGCCACAACACUGAAAGGACUGCACGACGCCGGGAUUAAGCUCUGGAUGUUGACCGGCGAUAAACUGGAAACAGCCAUCAGUAUAGCCAAGUCGUCACAGUUGGUCAAAAAGACACAAGAAUUCUAUGUAUUUCGUUCGGUCGGUUCCCGAACCGAAACACAUCUCGAACUAAACAAUUUCCUUCGGAAAAGUGAUCGGCCAUUGAUUAUUCGGGGCGAAGAUCUCGAACAUUGUAUGCGAUUCUAUUCAUCCGAGUUCUUUGAGAUUGCCUGCCAGUGUCCGGCAGUUGUUUGCUGUCGAUGUUCGCCAACACAGAAAGCCGAAGUAGUCAAACUGAUCCAGGAUCGUACCGGUAAACGUACCUGUGCUAUUGGUGACGGUGGCAAUGAUGUAUCAAUGAUACAGACGGCCGAUGUUGGUGUAGGUAUUGUCGGCAAAGAAGGACAACAGGCAUCACUGGCCGCCGAUUUUUCAAUACUUCAAUUCAGUCAUAUCUAUCGCUUGAUACUAUUGCACGGCCGCUACAGUUAUAAACGAUCGGCUACUUUGAGUCAGUUUAUUAUACACCGGGGACUCAUCAUAACCAUACUUCAGGCCAUAUUUUCAUCAGUAUUUUUCUUUGUAUCCGUCAGCCUAUACCAGGGUUUUCUGAUGAUCGGCUACGCAACUGUCUAUACAAUGUUUCCCGUAUUCAGUAUAGUCAUCGACAAAGAUGUCUCACCUCGGCUGGUCAUACGCUAUCAACUAUACAAACUAAUGAAAGGCCGUUCCCUMAGCUAUAAGACAUUCUUCAUAUGGGUACUGAUCAGUGUCUAUCAGGCCGGUGUCAUUAUGUACGGUGCAAUGCUACUGUUCAACGAUGAAUUCAUUCAUGUAGUGGCCAUUACRUUCACGGCACUCAUCCUAACCGAACUGCUGAUGUUGGCCCUGAUUGUCCGUACCUGGCAUUGGCUAAUGAUUGUGGCCGAACUCAUCUCAUUAUCAACCUAUUUGCUAACAUUGAUAGUCGCACCGCAAUAUUUCGAUGAAAAAUUCAUACAAACCGGUAGUUUUCUAUGGAAAGUCAGUCUAUUGACUGUAGUGUCGUGUCUACCACUUUAUAUACUGAAGUUUGUUCACCGAAAGAUUGCACCGCCCAGUCAUUCAAAGCUAACCUGA